CAUCUCUAAUAUUUUGUACUUUAUUUACAACUGGCAAUUUUUUAACCCAUUCAUUUAAAACUAAGCGUUACAGCCACAUUCCAAAUAGAUGGCAGACACACCCGAAUCCCAGGCGGCCUUGAGCACCUCCUCUUCCACGCCCGCCGAUAAGGAUGGCUCCAAAAUUUGUAUCCUUCUGAACGCCACUGGAAAUGUGCCCAUCAUCAAGAAGCGAACCUGGACAGUCGAUCCCAACAAAACCGUCAGCUGGAUUCAAAAGUUCAUCCACAAGUUCUUGAAACUUGAUGCCAACGAGCAGAUUUUCCUGUACGUAAAUCAGACAUUUGCCCCUGCUCCGGAUCAGAUAAUCAAGAACCUUUACGAAUGCCACGGCACCAACGGGAAACUGGUGCUCUACUACUGCAAGAACCAGGCGUGGGGCUAAAUCGAUACGCACUUGACCAGGCUAAAUCUUAAGUAUUUAUUUGUAUAUUAUUAAAUGUGACUAAGCUGA